AUGUCUCCAAGGUCCUCAACAAUCCGUUUGUCUCGUGCAAUCACCCCGUCAUUGAACAGGCCUACGACUCGCCCUAGACUAUUCGUACUACUACAGAACGAGAAGAAGAAGAAGAAGAAGAGUACGAUAACCGUUAGCACGACUUUGCCUCGCCAAUUCGCCGCCUGUAUCAUCACCCCGCCGUCGUUUCGCCGCCUGGUGGAUCCGCCUCGCUGUUUCAGCACUUCACCAUUACUGUCCUCUUCUUCUUCUUUUUUUGAUACUGCUCCUCCUCCUCCUCCCUCUUCAACCUAUUCUUCACCCCCUCCGACCACCAUGUCGGGCGCUUCGCAUCUUGCCGACCGGCUUGAGAAGCCAGAGUUGGACGACCGCUCAUAUCGCGUGAUUAGACUGCCCAAUCGACUGGAGGCCCUGCUCGUGCAUGAUCCGGAUACUGACAAGGCCAGCGCCUCGGCUAAUGUCAAUGUGGGCAAUUUCUCCGACGAUGAUAGCAUGCCCGGCAUGGCGCAUGCGGUAGAGCAUCUUCUGUUCAUGGGGACGGAAAAGUACCCCAAAGAGAACGCGUACAACCAGUAUCUCGCCGCACAUUCGGGCUCGUCAAACGCAUAUACGGGGGCAAUCGAAACAAAUUACUUCUUCGAGGUGGCUGCGACGGGAGAGAGCUCUGAUGGGAAUGGAGAGGCGAACAAUGGCAAUGGCGUCACCAACGGCACCAGUAAUGGUACUAGCAAUGGUACUAGCAAUGACGUGUCUAGCAGUACUUCGUCGUCUUCUAGUCCGCUGUACGGUGCGCUCGACCGUUUUGCGCAGUUCUUCAUUGCGCCGUUGUUUCUAGAGUCGACGCUGGAUCGCGAGUUGCAAGCAGUCGAUUCGGAAAACAAGAAGAACCUGCAGAGCGAUUUGUGGCGGCUGAUGCAGCUGAACAAGUCGCUUUCCAACCCCAAACACCCCUACCACCAUUUCUCAACCGGGAAUCUGCAGACCCUACGCGAUGACCCGCAGGCACGCGGCGUGGAGAUUCGCAAAGAGUUCAUCAACUUUCACAAGAAGCACUACUCUGCGAACCGCAUGAAGCUGGUCGUCCUGGGACGGGAAUCUCUCGAUCAGUUGGAGAGCUGGGUGGUUGAGCUGUUUUCCGGGGUGCACAACAAAGACCUGCCGCAGAACCGAUGGGACGAGGUACAGCCGUUUUCGGACGAUCAGCUGUGCACGCAAGUGUUUGCUAAGCCAGUUAUGGACACGCGGUCGCUGGACAUUUAUUUCCCCUUUUUGGACGAGGAGGAUCACUUCGAGACUCACCCGAGUCGGUAUAUCAGCCACCUUAUCGGUCAUGAGGGACCCGGCAGUAUUCUGGCCUACAUCAAGCAAAAGGGCUGGGCCAAUGGUCUGUCGGCGGGCGCGAUGCCUGUCUGUCCAGGAUCUGCUUUUUUUACCAUCUCUGUGCGUCUGACCGAGGAUGGCUUGACUCAUCACCGCGAGGUCGUCAAGACUAUCUUCCAGUACAUUGCCAUGAUCAAGGAGAAAACGCCCGAGCAAUGGAUCUUUGAUGAGAUGAAGAACCUGGCCGAGGUUGAUUUCAGAUUCAAGCAGAAAUCGCCUGCGUCGCGCUUCACCAGCCGGCUGAGCAGCGUGAUGCAGAAGCCGUUGCCGCGCGAGUGGCUGCUCAGUGGGAACAGCUUGUUCAGGAAAUUUGACUCUGAGCUGAUCACCAAAGCGCUGUCGUAUCUGAGAGCGGAUAACUUUAGACUCAUGAUUGUGUCGCAGGAAUUGCCUGGCGGAUGGGGCUCCAAGGAGAAAUGGUAUGGAACAGAGUACAAGGUGGAAAAGAUCCCCGAGGAUUUCCUCGGUGAGAUCCGGGGUGCUCUGGCCUCGUCGCCUUCGGACAGGAUACAAGACCUGCACAUGCCUCAUAAGAACGAGUUCAUCCCGACGCGCCUGUCGGUGGAAAAGAAAGACGUUGCGCAGUGGGCCAAAGCGCCCAAGCUCAUCCGUCUCGACGAUCAAGUUCGUGUGUGGUUCAAAAAGGACGACCACUUCUGGGUGCCCAAGGCCACUGUCUACGUGACUCUGCGCAACUCGCUGGUCUGGGCCACGCCCGCCAACUCGGUCAAGACCAAGAUUUACUGCGAAUUGGUGAGAGAUGCGCUGGUUGAGUACUCGUACGAUGCCGAGCUGGCGGGACUGGAUUAUAACCUGUCGGCGAGCAUUUUUGGUCUAGAUGUGUGUGUCAGCGGUUACAAUGACAAGAUGUCGGUUCUUUUGGAGAAGGUCACUUCGACGAUGCGCGAGCUUGAGGUCAAACCGGAUCGGUUCAAGAUUGUCAAGGAGCGGUUGGCGAGGGCGUAUAAGAACGCCGAGUACCAGGCACCAUAUUCCCAAGUGGGAGAAAUGACGCGGUACCUCACGUCGGAGAAGACGUGGAUCAACGAGCAGUAUGCGGCGGAAUUGGAGCACAUUGAGGCGGACGACGUGGCCGCUUUCUUUCCUCUGCUCUUGCAACAGAACCACAUCGAAGUUCUGGCGCACGGCAACCUGUACAAGGAGGACGCCUUGAAGAUGACAAACCUUGUUGAGAAAACGGUUCGCAGCCGGCCACUGCCACAAUCGCAAUGGCAUGUUCGCAGGAAUAUGGUCUUCCCACCGGGCAGCAACUACAUCUACGAGCGGCAGCUGAAAGACCCUCAGAACGUCAACAACUGCAUUGAGUACUAUCUCUACGUUGGCUCGGUCACGGACGACAAGCUCCGUGCCAAGCUGCUCUUGUUUUCGCAAAUGACCGAAGAGCCAGCAUUUGACCAGCUGCGAAGCAAAGAACAGCUGGGAUACGUUGUCUGGAGCGGCGCGCGCUACUCGCCCACGACAAUCGGAUACCGGGUCAUCAUCCAGAGCGAGCGCACGGCGCAGUACCUAGAAGGCCGCAUUGACGCGUUCUUGGGCGAGUUUGCACAGAUGCUGCAAGACAUGACCGAGGAGGAGUUUGAAGGGCACAAGCGCAGCAUCAUCAACAAGCGGCUCGAGAAACUGAAGAAUCUCGGGUCUGAGACGGGUCGUUUCUGGACGCAUAUUGGGUCCGAGUACUUUAACUUUUUGCAGCACGAGAUCGACGCUGCCAGCGUGCGCGGCGUGACCAAGGCCGACCUCACUGCGUUUUUCAGCCAGUAUAUCGAUCCCAAGUCGGAGACGCGCGCCAAGCUGUCCAUUCACCUGAACUCGCCGGCCGCUGAUAUCGACAAGCAGCUGCCAGUCGACACCUCGCAGACGGCCGAGGGCGCGGACUCGCUGCACGGGCAAAAGAUGACGAACGGGGUUAAUGGCGAAAAGCAAAAGAACCACCAACAGACUGCGCGCGAGCCCAUCUACGUGACGAAUGUGCCGCACUUCAAGGCGUCUCUACCGGUCAGCGCGGGUCCCUACCCCGUGGUUGAUCUGUACGAGUUUGAGGAUUUUGAUUCGAAGCUGUGA